GCAGAGCGGGCGCGCGCGUGUCACUGAGACGCUCAUUAACCUGCGCAGCUGUCGCCAUAACAACCGGAGCCCGGGAGUCCUGGAGACGCUAGGGCGGGGGUUGGGGGCGGCGGCCUCGGGAGGGACCUGGCGGGAGCGGGGGCGGUCCACACGAGCCGGGCGCUGCAAGCUCACCCGCGGGCGGGAGGGCGCCACGCACGUCGCCGCGGCCGUCCCCGCGGGCGGGGACCGAGCCCGCCGCCGAGCCUCCGAGCAGCCGCGCGCCGAGCCCCGACUCUAUGGCCCGCGGGGAGCGCGCCGCCGCUGCGCCGCCCACCCGCAGCCGGAAUCCGAGCUCCAGCACCAGGCAGAGCGCAGCGGCUCGCGCCGCGGGCCGGGGCCCAGGGGCCGGGCCGCCCCGGGCGCGGGGCAUGGGAGCCCGGUAGCCGAGUGGCGCGAGGACCCCCACGGCGGGCAGGACCCGCCGAGCGAAGACCGCCAAGCCCAGGGAGAGCCGGAGACAGCAAACCGCCCGCCCCCGGCCGCAGCCCCGCCAGGGCCCUCCCCCGGCAGCGCGCACCCGCGCGCGCACACACUUGCACACCUUUCCUCCGCUCCUGCCCAGCCUCGCCUGGCCCCCGCCGGAGCACCCCCGGGGGGCCGAUGCCAUGGGUAACAACUUCUCCAGUGUCUCCUCUCUGCAGCGAGGAAACCCGAGCCGCGCGUCGCGGGGCCACCCCCAGAACCUCAAAGACUCCAUCGGGGGCUCCUUCCCGGUGCCCUCUCACCGAUGCCAUCACAAGCAGAAGCAUUGCCCGCCUACGCUGUCAGGUGGGGGGCUCCCGGCCACGCCGCUGCUCUUCCAUCCCCACACUAAGGGCUCCCAGAUCCUCAUGGACCUCAGCCACAAGGCCGUCAAGAGGCAGGCCAGCUUCUGCAAUGCCAUCACCUUCAGUAACCGCCCGGUGCUCAUCUACGAGCAAGUCAGGCUGAAGAUCACCAAGAAGCAAUGCUGCUGGAGCGGGGCCCUGCGACUUGGCUUCACCAGCAAGGACCCUUCCCGCAUCCACCCCGACUCGCUGCCCAAGUACGCCUGCCCUGACCUGGUGUCUCAGAGUGGCUUCUGGGCCAAAGCAUUGCCUGAGGAGUUUGCCAACGAGGGCAACAUCAUUGCCUUCUGGGUGGACAAGAAGGGCCGCGUCUUCUACCGGAUCAAUGAGUCAGCUGCUAUGCUUUUCUUCAGUGGGGUCCGGACGGUGGACCCGCUCUGGGCCUUGGUGGACGUCUACGGCCUCACGCGGGGUGUCCAGCUGCUAGACAGCGAGCUGGUGCUACCCGACUGCCUACGGCCGCGCUCCUUCACCGCGCUGCGGCGGCCGUCGCUGCGGUGCGAGGCGGACGAGGCGCGCCUGUCGGUGAGCCUGUGUGACCUCAACGUGCCGGGAGCCGACGGCGACGACAGCGCACCGCCUGCCGGCUGCCCGAUCCCGCAGAACUCGCUCAAUUCUCAGCACAGCCGCGCGCUACCGGCGCAGCUCGACGGCGACCUGCGCUUCCACGCGCUGCGCGCCGGCGCGCACGUCCGCAUCCUGGACGAGCAGACGGUGGCGCGCCUGGAGCACGGGCGCGACGAGCGCGCGCUCGUCUUCACCAGCCGGCCUGUGCGUGUGGCCGAGACCAUCUUCAUCAAGGUCACGCGCUCCGGCGGGGGGCGAGCGGGCGCGCUGUCCUUCGGGGUCACCACGUGUGACCCUGGCACGCUGCGGCCCGCCGACCUGCCCUUCAGCCCCGAGGCCCUAGUGGACCGCAAGGAGUUCUGGGCGGUGUGUCGCGUGCCCGGGCCUCUGCACAGCGGCGACAUCCUGGGCCUGGUGGUCAACGCGGACGGAGAGCUGCACCUGAGUCACAACGGCGCGGCGGCCGGCAUGCAGCUGUGUGUGGACGCCUCGCAGCCCCUCUGGAUGCUCUUCAGCCUGCACGGCGCCAUCACGCAGGUCCGCAUCCUCGGCUCCACCAUCAUGACUGAACGGGGUGGCCCAUCUCUCCCCUGCUCACCUGCCUCCACUCCAACCUCACCCAGUGCCCUGGGCAUCCGCCUCUCUGACCCCCUGCUCAGCACCUGCGGUUCUGGACCCCUAGGUGGCUCUGCUGGUGGGACAGCCCCCAACUCACCUGUGAGCCUGCCUGAGUCACCAGUGACCCCAGGUCUGGGCCAGUGGAGUGAUGAAUGCACCAUUUGCUAUGAACACGCAGUGGAUACAGUCAUCUACACGUGUGGCCACAUGUGCCUGUGCUACUCCUGUGGCCUGCGCCUCAAGAAGGCCCUGCACGCCUGCUGCCCCAUCUGCCGUCGCCCCAUCAAGGACAUCAUCAAGACCUACCGCAGCUCCUAGCCCACUGCAGAGCCCCACCUACACGCCCACUUCUGCAGACUGCAGCCCAGCACCAGCUGAGGGCAAAGCCAACGGGGUCCCUUCCUUCUACAGUUUGCAAACUCUUCCUCCUUUUCCAUUAAACAUGGGAAACCAAGGUCCCUGGAGGAUUGGGCUGAAAGAGUCUCAGGCAGGGAGGUGAGGGCACAAGCAGUGAGGGGAGGGGAGAAGGGUACCCCAUAUCUCUCUCCUCUUUACCCAGAUUUCUGCAUGCUGAGUGGCUGGUUGCCAUCCCUCGAGAUCUCGGCAGAUCUCUAGGUUGUGCAGCCCCGCAGCCUGGCAGCCCGGGAGGCAUCUUGGAGAGAGUUAGCAAACUUGUAACUUCUCCCGGGGCAGCUGGGGAGGAGGCCAAUGGACAGACUUCUCCCACCCUGGGCAGCUGCAAACUGCAUGCCGUGUUUCUUUCUCCUUACCCAAGGCGGGUAAACAGACAGGCUGCAGAUUACAGGUCCGAGGUCCUUGACCUUGGGCCAACCUGCCAUGUCCAGGAUCUCCCGUUUGCCAUGACUUUCGCCAAUCAUCUCACUGGUGCCGUUUCCCAGGGUGCCCUUCAGUGUAGGCUGAGGUGGGCCUUUCUGUUGUCAGGGUCUCAAAAGAGCAGGUCCACAGCCACACUUAAGGCCUGUCCUCCCUCAUCUCAGUGCCAGUCUUGGCCUGGGCUGAUCUGCCAUUGUGUGCCCAGGAGGGACAGGAACCCUCAGUGGGGUGGGGGCUCCCUGGCCUAUGGACAGCCCCUUUCCUUAUUUUAAUUAAUUUAUUUAUUUGCUUUAUGGGUUUUAUGGGUUAUGUUCCAACCUGGGGUCUCCUGAAAUGCUACUGUUGGGGGGUUGCCAGGUGAAGGGAAGCAAGGAGUAGCCACUUGGAAUCUACCCCCAAUACAAGGCCCAUGGCAGUCCUGCUAACCCUGAGGAAGAAUUCCAGGCUGGAGGCCUCCCAAGAAAUGGAUAAGCCUCUCUUAUGUGGGAAGUGCCCACAUCCACCUGUGUGCCCUUCCUCCCUGGAUGGGAGCCCUGUUACUGUGGCUGGUUCCAGGACAUCUGUCUCUAUAAAGACAUCAGAAGUUCUGGAAAGUUGUCAACAUGUGGGUCAGGGACCAGAAUGGAGACCCUUGUUAGAGGAGGGAGGAUAGAUCCUGAAAGCCAGCCUCUGGUCCUGCUAAAGGGGGUGUCCCUUACUUAUAGGCUGUGGCCCCUGUAGUCCUACCUGCCCUUUUCUGGGUUACUGUGGCAUCUUAGCCUAGGCUUUCCCAGCCUUUCAGUCCUUGGCCCUCAUAUGGCUGGUUUUAUAUCCUCAGAGGCGGCUUUUGCCUUGAAAGGCAGGGUCUGGGUCUCUGUCCCGGCCACUGGCCAGUCGUGGCUCUGGCCACAGCCCUCUGCCCCCAAAACUCCAGCUUCCCCUGGGUAAAAGUUUGGGGGUGGAACACUUUCCGGGUAGUUCCUGGGAGUUCUUCUUAGGUGUCUCUGAGGAGGAAUGUACUGGGGAGGUGUUGAGAAUGGAUGCCAGGGUGGGCCUUUGCCUGCACUGGGGAAUCUGGGCCACCCUCAGUCUUGCUUCUCCAGUCACUGGCCCUGGUAGAUGCCUUCAGGCUGGAGCUGGUAAGUUGCCCCAUCCAGCUGGGGCUUAUCCUAGAGAUGGAGCAAGGUCCUAGUACAGAGCUGGGUGGCUGGUUUUGGGAAAAGAAGCCAUUUUCCAUUCUGCUAGUUCAGAGGUAGCACUGCCUCCCUUGUGAACUGGGCCACUGUGUUUGUGAAUAAAGGUGAUUUCGUACCAGCCUGA